AUGACACUCGAUGAUUUCUCAAACAGUGUUGGUGGUGCCCUCAGGCUGAAAGGUGCGAGUGGACCAGUGGGAAUUAGCAAGCAAAAGAAGAAAAAGAAGAAGCAACAGAAAAAAUCACAGGAAGCCUCCGAUGAAGCUAGUGCAACAAACAAGCCCGAGUCAUCUGUCGAAGUUACUAGUACCACCGAUAGUAACCAUCAAAAGACGCCCAGUGAACUAGCUCAUGAAGAAGUACGGCGGAAGCGGUUGCAUGACCGUCUCACCAAGGACGGCCUUAAAACUCAUAAACAACGAGUAGAAGAACUAAACAAGUACCUCUCUAAUCUCUCGGAGCAUCAUGACAUGCCACGUAUUGGACCCGGAUAA